UGCCUCACAAAUUGCAUCUCCAGGUGAACAGAACCAGCAACAAUUCUUUCAUACACGAUACACGAUACACGAUACACAACACACACCACACCACACCAACGAAACAAGCAACCACAAACGACACAAACGAACCACACCAACCACACCAACCACACGAACGAACAAUGCAGACGGUCAACGGCACAUCCAGAGCGGCGGCUACAGCCACAGCCCCGAGCACUCGUACAAGCAGAGACGCGAGCACGAGAUCGAGAUCGAGAUCGAGAGCAUCCACGAGCACCGACCGGGACGCGGAAACAACACACAUCGAAACRACACACACGGACACACCAACGUCCUAUCCGAUCAUGAUCGACACGAACCACUCGGACUGGGAGACCAUCAUGACGGUCGCCACACCCUUUCUGGAUUUUGCGCAGGAGGACCACCACCACCGGGGCAAGGCUGGCACCGAGAGCGGAAGCAGCGGCAGCAGCAAAACCGCYACCGGCAGCGAGGCCGGGGCCAUGGGCCCGGGGGAGCGGACCAGGGCCGUCCUGCUCCGGAGGCGGGCCAACGAGGAUCGGUCGGACUGCCUGCUCCGGCACUCGUUUGUCGUCAAGGCCGUKGUCUGUUGAUCAAGCACGGAAGCGAACCACUCAACCAACCAACCACCCCACUACACCCGCAACGACUACUGUAUCCUAGCUAAGCUGCGCCACGCCACGCCGCACCGCACCACAAAUUGUACGCUACAUUGCUAACAUAAAACAAAUUAGAGAAUUUCCAACCUUUUUUUAAACAAACUAUGUUCUAUCCU